UCUCAGUGGAGUGAAAGUCUUGCAGACGUCCCCGAAUUUCAAUUGCUGCAUAAUUUUAUUGCUUUAGAUUUCCUCCAGUGACCGACUACAGCGAUGCGAGCCCCAAUCCCGGAUUGAGGUUAAACUCCCGAAAAUGGAGUCGAGUAACGGUAGCGAGAAAGUAGAACUGAACAAUCUGGUGAAAAACAUCGUCAAAAUUCUGCUAUCCACUUCCAAGUACUUCCACUGUCCGUUCUGUGCCGACGAGUAUUUGUUCGAGUUCACCCUGAGACAUCACCUGUUGAAGAAUCAUGAAGAGGAUCUGUCCAAGAUUGUCCAAUCGCCGGAUUCCAGUAUUAAGUUCUGUGAUAGCAACAUCUGCCCUUACUGUGGGGCCUUAUUCUACUACAUAUCAGCACUUCCGAAGCACAUCAUGAACAGUCACAGCCGAGAUUGUCUGAUCAAAUGGCAAGCAAUCGAGAGGGAAAACAGCCUCCGGAAGCGGUUCGCAGCCGAGCCGAGCAUCAAAUGUGUACCCUGUUCCCCGGGACUGAGCGAUCUGUUCGAAGAGCUCAACACAGAUUCCAGUCGAAAGAAGAAGCAUCGAAUCCACCGUCGGAAAGCUUCCCCGCUGUACAAGUCUGCGUUGAAGAACGCUAACCGAAUCUCCGCUACCAAGCGUUCCGAAUCCUGGGUUAGUUGUGAUUUCGAAUUUUCCACCGGUGAUGCCGUAGGCACCGGUUCCGUCUCGCGUCGAUCCGGUACGGUUCGUAGGGAGCUGCAGUUCGAUGCGGUAGCAUCGGAACCAACGACACCGGACGCCGAAGCAGUUUCUUCCGUGAAGAAGCCGAAACGCGCCCGUAAGCGUUUCAAUCUCAAAUUACUCAAGCCGAGAAUUGGCUUGAGGAAGUACGUUCUGUCUAAAUUUACCAAAAAGUAUCGCUGCAAGAUCGUGACCAGCACGCCGAACAAUUUCCUGGACGAUAGCGAGGCCAGCGUGGCCGAUUCGCGGCUGCACAAUCAGGAGCGCUGGAACAAGAUACAUUUUGACUGAUGCGAUGACGACUGCGGUAAGUAGCGGUUUUUUGUCGUCGUUACCCCCCAAAGUAUGGUUUGGUAUAAGGUAUUUUUUUUUUGUAUGAAGUAUUUCUUAUUUUUAUGGUAUUAACGAUGAAAUUAAUAUAUGAUAGAAUUCAAGAGUAUUCUUGAAAGUUUGAUAAAAUAUUGUAUCUCUUGCCCAACGAGAAUAUAUUGGUUUACGACUCGCAUUUUUGGUAGGCGCUAACGUUUGAUAUGUAUAAAUA